AUGUCGAAUAUAAAGAUCGAAGACGACGUUCAGGUUAUUACAAAUAUAAAGACUUUGCUACAACGAUCCGCAAAACGCAGUAGAGCAAUGUUUCGUUCGGGGGAUGCAGCAAGCUCUACUUUAGAGGAUGACGAAAGUUUACGGAUAAAGUUACGUGUGAAAAUUCACGAUGAGUACGCUUAUCCUUCGGUACCUAGUAAAUCAAAAAUAAUAGAUCAACCUUCGGCACCUGGUGAUGAUAACCUUCCAUCUGAUGAUAACCCUCCACCAUCCCGGGUUCAACAAGAAGCUGCCAAAACAGCACAAGGAAUAGUAGCAAUACGGCAAAAGGCCGGAAUAAACGCCACAACUUCAGGUUCCUUAGUGAGACGUCAAACACCACGACUUACAAAACCAGAUUGGCAUGCACCUUGGAAAUUAAUGAGAGUUAUUAGUGGACAUUUGGGUUGGGUAAGAUCUAUUGCUGUAGAACCAGGGAAUAAAUGGUUCGUAACAGGUGCUGGUGAUAGAACCAUUAAGAUUUGGGAUCUUGCAUCGGGUACUUUGAGACUUACUUUAACUGGUCAUAUUUCUACUGUUCGCGGAUUAGCCGUCUCUCCACGUCACCCAUAUUUAUUUUCAUGUGGUGAAGAUAAAAUGGUGAAAUGUUGGGAUCUUGAACAAAAUAAGGUUAUUCGGCAUUAUCAUGGGCACCUAUCUGGUGUAUAUUCUUUAAGUUUACAUCCUACUUUGGAUAUUUUGGCGACUGCUGGAAGGGAUGCUACUGCAAGGGUGUGGGAUAUGCGUACAAAACAGUGUAUUCACGUUCUCAGUGGUCACAAUACUACUGUUGCUGAUGUGAAAUGUCAAGAAGCUGAUCCUCAAGUUCUUACUGCUUCAAUGGAUUCAACAAUUCGUCUUUGGGAUCUUGCGGCUGGUAAAACAUUGUCGACUCUCACACAUCACAAAAAGUCCGUUAGGGCGUUGACAUUACAUCCUACUGAAUUUACCUUUGCAAGUGGUAGUGCUGAUAACAUUAAACAAUGGAAAUGCCCCGAAGGUACAUUUAUGCAAAAUUUCGAAGGCCACCGUGCAAUUAUAAAUGCGUUGGCUGUCAAUGCUGAUAAUGUUUUAUUUUCUGGUGCUGAUAAUGGUUCAAUGGCGUUCUGGGAUUGGAAAUCUGGAUACAAGUUCCAAUCUAUGGAAACAACUGUACAGCCUGGUUCUUUAGAGUCUGAAGCCGGAAUAUUUGCCUGCACAUUUGAUCGCACAGGAUUGAGAUUAAUAACAUGUGAGGCAGAUAAAACUAUUAAAAUUUGGAAAGAAGAUCCAAAUGCU